AUGUCCGACAGCCCCCACGAGGGCCGCCUCUACGCCGACCUCGCCACCGACCUCUCGUCACCGGCGCCGCAGAACGAGGUCCAAGUCUGGCACAAUGCCGCCAACUACCAGGCCCGCUUCCCCGAUAACGCCUUCACCAGCGUCUUGAGCGUCGGCCCCACCCUCAACGCCACCCUCACCGGCGCCGGCCCGACGGGCUUCGCCGUGCCCGAAGGCACGCCGUUCGGCAACGUCGACUUCCGCGCCUACAACAUCGACUUUCGCAACGACGAGUUCCCUCGUGCCAACGGCCCUGCCCAUGCCGUCGGCGUGAGCCGUGCCAAUGCCGGCUUCUACUCGUGCGGCCUCUACAGCUACCAGGACACACUCUACGUCGGCAAGCUCGGAAACGCCUACUUCCACGACAACGUCAUCGCCGGCCAGACCGACUUCCUCUACGGCUCGGCACCGCCUGGGUCGCCCACUCGACGCUGUCGCUGCGCAACUGCGGCGGCGGCAUCACCGCCUGGAAAGGGCACCAACACGACCUUCCCCAACAAGUACGGCGUCUACAUUGCCGACGACAGCCAGGUCCUCGCCGCCAACGCCUCCAUCGCCCCGACCCUCCUCGGCCGCUGCCCGCUCGGCCGCCCCUGGAACGCCCAGCACCGCUCCGUCUUCAGCGACACGUACCUCGACCCCAGCAUCCUGCCCGCCGGCUACAUCCGCUGGGGCGCCACCGACCCGCGCGUCUCCGACCUUACCUUCAUGGCCGUGCACGAGGACCGCGGGCCCGGCUGGAACGUCACGGCCCUCGCGGCCAAUGGCAACGUCACGCGCGUGCUCGACGACGCCGCGUUUGCGCCGUACAAGAGGCCCGUUGACGUCUUCCUCACCGAGGACGGCGUGCCUGGGAACAUUGCCUGGAUUGAUCAGAGUGUCUUGGCGUGA